GGGGCUUUGUGUUUUCCGACGAAAAGAGAGGAAAAGCAAGAGCAAACCUAUUUAUCGUCUAAAUAAGUGGAAUCUUGGUCUUGCAUGGAAAGACAGUUAGUAGUUUCUUCGUUCCCAAACUCUAGUACUUAUUUUCAAAUUGUGUAGCUCUACUUCUAGUACUACUAGUUUUAUCCACGAAAUCGACACUCAAUUCCCACAAAAAGAUGUCAUCGUGCUUCAUCGGGUUGUUUGACUCUUUUCGGGAGUGUUUCAACCCAAGGAGUAUCACGGGUGGCCGGGACGUUCAUGCCGCAUAUUUUAUGAUUACUGUUGGUCGAUUCUGAUUGCAUCUUCUGGAUUAGCAAGCUAGCGUGACGAAUCGUCUGUUGUUGUUGAAGUAAGAAGUAGAACUUCUAUCCUAUGCAUGAAUAAUCUCCUCUCUGGUUUUUAGGGCCUUAUGAAGUGAUUGACGCAACGCGGUUGAGGUGGUGAGAACCAAAUAUGCAACCACGACAUCACUUUUUCCGACUGAACGAGCUACUCGACGUGUUACAACCAUGCCUUCACGCUCACGGUCAUCCUCUAAGAUUUAUACUUAUGGCGUGUGCUGCUGUUGAAAUAGAAAUUAAUUGUUCCAAGUCCGUUUCGACCUAUGCUGGAGACAGGAGAGAGAUUGAGAUUCACGUGUAGCAGUGUCGACCCUUAUUAUGUAUAGGUAAUCCCAAAAAGUUUUUGUAGGUGUAGGUCCUCGACGACCAUACAUCCAAUUCCAAAUUAGGACCUUCCCAUCUUCUAACAUAUGAAUUUCCUCCAGCGUGGAAGCAAGCUGAAAGGGGAUGCGAGUUCGGGUUCGUUGCCUACAACAGCCGGCAAUGGUUCCGAUAGUAACUCCUCGUCGGCAACCGGAGGCGCGAGGAAAAAAUAGCGAACUCCGCAUAGGGAUUCUACGUAUUUCAUCAAGUCCAAGAUGAAGAUGUGAAAUUAACUUAGAUGAAGUGGCUUCCUCUUCGAUUCUCGUGUGAAGAUAUAAACCUCGAAUUAGCAGUCUACUACUUGUGAAUCCAAGAAGAAGAAGUCCAUCGUUACCCCGCCUAUUUUUAUUUGACGACCUAAUACAGUACUGAAUUCUGCAUAUAGAUACAACAAAAAUCUGCGUGCAGCUGCAAAUCAUUGUUACUCCGAGUAGCCUCAACAACACCAGCACUUUUUCAACUACCGCUUUGCAAUACGAUCGCUUACAAUAUUAAUAAGAAGAGUUAACGACGACCUUGAUGUUUCAUGGCAAGAGACGCGCUGCACGCGGCCCGACUACCACAGUUGUAUUUACAAGCUGUGUUUCGUCUAGUACCGAUUUUUUUUGGAACCAUGUUUUGAG